AUGAGAGGCAACGAUAUUUGGAGCCGGAUCACCAAUAUUUUCGUUGUUCCAGGCAACUGGACGAUCCCCAAGAGGAUGCUGCGAUCGACUUUCAUUCCCGGCCUGAUCGGAGCCAUUGCGCUGGCGUCUUCGGCCUCAGGAACCGAGGAAGGACUCCCCAAUUUCCCGAAGGAUGACGGCUUCCCCAGCAACGCUCCCCCGGGAUCCGACAACGAAACAGAGAUCUACCAACGCGCCUUCGGGACCCGGCCGAACGGCGCGCCGGCCAAGAACCUGACAGAAGACGACUUCACCUCGCUCCAGAUCAUCGUCUUCACCGGGAUCUUCGAGGUCGCUUACUUCGUCCAGCUCAUCUACAACAUCACCAACAACGUCACCGGCUACGAGAUCGACGACCCCGACGAGCGCAGCAAAACCCUCGCGGAGUUGACCGCCAUCCAAUCUCAAGAGGAAGUGCACGUGCUUCAGGCCAGGUACCUCUUGUUGCAGAACGAUCGCGACCCCAUCCGGCCUUGCCAGUACAUCACCCCCGUGAGCAACCUCAAAGAUGCGAUCCGCACCAUAUACAAGGCCACCGCCCUCCUUCUCGGCACGCUUCAAGACAUUAUAUACCGCUUCGGGUUCAAUGCCGCCCAGCUCGUGAAACCGAGUUCGGCGAUCUCGGAAAACGAAGCUGAGCAGGCUGCUUUCUUCCGUCAGUACCUCGGUUAUACCCCGACCUCGACUCCAUACCUUACGGGCGCGACUCGGAGUAUGGCUUACUCCGCCGUCCAGCAGAAUUACAUCGUGCCCGGCUCUUGUCCGAACAGCUUUGAGAUCGAGCUUCCGAUUUUCGGUAUGCUCGGCAUUGUUGCAUUCCCGGAUAUGAGUAGGAAGGACAAUCAAACCAUCCAAUUAUUCGUGCCUGGCGACGAUACGAACGUCAUUGACGGCUUGAGCAUUUGCUACGCCUACCAACAGAACGUGCCGCCUUGCGAGUCUCUGACGGAUGCGCAUGUGGAUCAGGGUUACGUGUACUUUCUGGCCAACUAUCCGACCGUCUUGGACACAUUCGGUCUCAAAGGUUUGGUCAUUGGCGUUUUGGUGAACAGCACCAACGAUGUAACGGAUGUUGAUAGCUUAGAUCCAUACAUCUUAUACGGCCCUUUGUUGAUUGCAGAAAAUUGA